CUUCUCCAACCUCGCAAGCUAGCUUCGCCUCAGCUGCUGAUGCCUACGCUCGUCGCCGUCCUGCUGCUGCCACCUCCACUCCUCUCCCUUUCGGCUUCGGAUUCCUUCCCGCGCACGUCGCCCCCGAUUCGCUCCCGCUCCACCCGCGCUGCUCCACCGGCCACCACCGCCGUGAGCAUCCCAUAAAUUGAAGAGCCUCCUCGAUCGCUCGGCCGCGGAUCGGAGUACCGCCGGACCGCGCCCGUCGAACGAGCUUCCUUUCCAUUCCAAUCGUCGCGCCAUGGGCGGCCAUAGCAAGAAGCUCAUCCACUUCCUCCACGCCGACCCGGCGCCGGGCUCCGCGCUCUCCUCCCCGAGGUCCUUCUCCUCCAACGACUCCUCCGUCUCCGACGACGACGGCUACAACAGCUCCCCCUCCUCCUUCCCGGCCUCCGCCGCGUCCUCGCCGUCGCGCUGCAGCCCGCCCAAGUCGCCCUGGGCGGCGACGACGCACCCCCCGGGCCUCUGCGGCGCCCCCGCCGCCACCGGCCUCAUCGCAUCGCUGGUCAAGGAGGACGGCAAGGUAUACUCGCUGGCGGCGGCCGGGGACGUGCUCUACACCGGCACGGACUCGGAGAACAUGCGGGUGUGGCGGGGCCGCCGCGAGCUGGCCGGGUUCCGCACCGGGAGCGGCCUCGUCAAGGCCAUCGUCGUGGCCGCCGACGGCCGCAUCUUCACGGGCCACCAGGACGGCAAGGUCCGGGUGUGGCGCUCCGACGCCGCCGACCCCGCCGUGCACCGCCGGGUCGGCUCGCUCCCGCCGCUCGGGGACUACCUGGUCAGCUCCGUCAACCCGUCCAGCUACGUCGCCCUCCAGGCGCCGCGCCGCCGCCGCCGCCGCGCGGUCUGGCUCCGGCACGCGGACGCCGUGUCGUGCCUCAGCCUCGACGAGCCCGCGGGGCUGCUCUACUCCGGCUCCUGGGACCGGACCUUCAAGGUGUGGCGCCUCGCGGACUCGCGCUGCCUCGAGUCCGUGCCCGCGCACGACGACGCCGUCAACACGGUCGCCGCGGCGGGGUUCGACGGCCUCGUCUUCACCGGCUCCGCCGACGGCACCGUCAAGGUCUGGCGCCGGGAGAUGGUCGCCGGCGGUGACCGGACGAGGCACGUCCUGGAGAGGGUGCUCUGGGAGGGCGAGGGCGCGGUGACCGCGGUCGCCGUGUGCCCCGAGGCCCGCGCCGUGUACGUGGGGACCUCAGACGGGCUGGUCGCGUGCUGGCGGUGGGGCCUCGACGGCGAGCCGAGGCUCGACGGCGUCCUGGUGGGCCACCGGAUGGCCGUGAUGUGCCUCGCCGUGUCCGGGCGCGUCGUCGCGAGCGGGUCCGCCGACCGGACGGUCUGCGUGUGGCGUCGCGACGACGACGACGGCCGGUCCCGGCACGCCCGCCUCGCCGUGCUCGCCGGGCACACGGGCCCCGUGAAGUGCGUCGCGGUGGCCGCCGCGAAGGACGACGAGGGCUGCUACGGCGGCGAGCGGCGGUUCGUGGUGUACAGCGGCAGCCUCGACGGGUCGGUCAAGGUGUGGCGCCUCUCCGAGGACCGCCCGCUGGUCGAGCCGGUAACAGAGACAGAGCCAGCCGCCCCGCCGAUGCCAGCGCUGCUGGAGUCGAAGGCGUGGACUACUCCCCGGCGGGCAGUCGCGCUGGCGCCGCCGCCGGCGCAGGCGUGGGCGCCGUACCAGCAGGCGCCGCCGGAGCUGAUGAAGCGCGUCGCCGCGGCGUGAUCGAGCACGCACGAAGCCGAGGAUGACGUCACCCGCGCGCGUGCGACAAUGUGCCGCGCACACGUGUACUGGGACACGUACGUACAGCACAGUAGAGUACAGUAGAGGCGUGUGUACAGAUACGUAGGGAUGAGAUCAAAGUGUGUGUGCAGCGUGUGGUGACCGGUGAGUGGUGACGACCUGGUUGGAGAUCCGAUAUGGCGGGUAGGUGGUUGGAGUGGCAAGGGGCGGUUGGUCUGACAGGGACAGGUGUCUGCCCACGUCGAGGUCCGGCUUAAUGGAGAAGGAAGAUUACUGGUUCCCAUGCGUGAUCGAUGUUCUCCCUGUUCUCCUGGCCUCUUCCUCUUGGGUCAGCCAGUCAUGUUGAUUUGGCGUGAAGGGGAUGGUGCGCAAGCACAGAUGGCUGUGGUUACUGCUUAGAUAAGAUCUUGUGAUGAAAUUAAUGGAGAGAUGGUGAUGUAGUACUGGUACUUAAAUUCUUGUGAAGUUGUCUGCUUUUCAAUA